GCAAUAUACACUUCGAAAUAAAUUACAUCUGUUGUCAUUUCUUCCAAAGAUUGAGACCAUGCCGGGUGAUUGGUCGAAGCAUUGUGACACCAAUCCAUUUUCUGUUUACGUGGCCAUUAUACAGUAUUCUUUACUGGCAUGGCGAUUCUUCUGUUGUACCGGCAUCGAACGCCCAUAUAACACCGUCGACUUGGUUAGAUAUUUAUCGUUCUCGUCAGUGGCUCACAUUUAAUGAUUUUUUGGUGUGGCAACAAUCCUGCUGGCUAGCUGCACCAUUACAAUCAUGUAGCGGUCCAGUUGGCAUGAAACAAUAUUCAUGUAAACAUUCGGUUGGACUGGCAAUUUUAUUUAACUUGUAUCAAGUUAGCGAUAAAACACGUAUUCAACCAUUGGGCAAACGAAAAACAAAAGGGCGCCCCAAGAAAGUUAGCAAAGCUUUAAAUUUGUAA